AUGCAAGUCUCUAGGGAUACACCUGGGGGGCUGUUUCCUACACCUGGGGGGCUGCACAGCUCCUACAACUACAGACCAGAGCAGACUGACCAGAGCAGACUGGUGCAGGGAGCUGCAGAGUCUAUAGAGGAUAUGUUGGAGUGGGCUGGUAUCCCCCCAGACGAGAGUCCCCGUGGAGGAGGCCAGUACGGUCCCUACCUCCAGUCCCAGAGGCUGUCCCUGUACAGCCAGGCUGCUGACUCCUUGGUCCAGACAGGGAAGGCCUACCACUGCUUCUGCAGCCAGCAGAGACUAGAAUUACUGAAGAGAGAGGCCCUACGCAGUGGACAGACACCGCGGUAUGACAACAGGUGCAGACACCUCCGCCCAGACCAGCUAGAGGAGAGCUGGAUCAGAAGGUCCCCAUGCUGUACCGUGAUCAGGUUCCGUCUGGAGUCUGGAGUAGAACCCUUCAACGACCUGGUCUUUGGCUGGAACCGUCAUGAGGUGGCCCAGGUUGAAGGAGACCCUGUUGUGUUGAAAGCUGAUGGUUUCCCCACCUAUCACCUGGCUAACGUAGUAGACGACCACCUGAUGAAGGUCAGCCACGUCCUGAGAGGAUCAGAGUGGCUCAUCUCUACCUCCAAACACCUGCUGCUCUACAGGGCUCUGGGCUGGAAGCCCCGGUGUAUCGGACACCUUCCUCUCCCCUCAACAGAGAUGGCAGUAACCGUGACCUGGACAAACUAUGAGUUUAACAAGGAACUGACCGGAGUUCAACCCUUCUAA